GCUAACCUCUCCAAUCAGAGUGGGCGAAGAUGACGUCGUUGUUUUGUGACCAACCGAGCGACAGAAAAGACCGCGGCGACCUCCUUCUGCUAAGGAAUACCGGAAACGGUUCGGUUAUAUGCAUCGACUUCCUUGACAGAUCGGCGAGAGGAAAGCUGGCUGGAAACCUAUUUUAAAGAGAGGAUUCCCCCCACUCUUCUACAAUGACGCACUGGUUUCACAGAAAUCCUUUGAAAGCUACAGCUCCUGUUUCUUUCAGUUUUUAUGGAGUGGCAUCAAGCACUGGAGCAAAUAAAAUCUGCAAUGACCUAAAGGCAUCUCGGGCACGUCUACUGGAACUGUUCACAGAUGUCACAUGUAACGCAGACAUGAUGAAAAAUGCAACUGACGCAUACUUCUCACUUCUUCAAGGCUUCAUAAAUUCGCUUGAUGGUACAACUCAGGAGAAUAAGUUGCGCUUCAUUCAGAAUUUUAAAUGGACAGACACUUUACAAGGAAAUUCUACAAGUGCUCAGCAAGAUGCAGUUUUUGAGUUGGCUUCAAUGGGAUUUAACGUUGCUCUGUGGUUUACAAAAUUUUCUUCAAGGCUGGCAGGAAAAGAGGACAUUACAGAAAGUGAAGCAAAAGAUGUCCAUAGAAGCUUAAAAACUGCAGCAGGAAUCUUCAAGAAUGUAAAGGAAAUCCAAGUGCCUCGCCUCAUAACACCUGCUGAGAAAGGGAGAGAUCUGGAAGCCCGCGUAAUAGACACAUACAUUGUGCAAUGCCAAGCAGAGGCACAGGAAGUGACAAUUGCAAGAGCCAUUGAAUUGAAGCAUAAUGCAAGUUUAAUUGCAGCUUUGGCGUUUGAAACGGCUAAUUUCUACCAUAAGGCAGAUCACACUCUUACUUCACUGGAACCAGAAUACACUACCAAGUGGAGAAAAUAUCUGCAGCUUAAACAGUGCUUCUAUAUGGCAUAUGCUUACUGCUUUCACGGACAAACCCUUCUAGGAAGCGACAAAUGUGGAGAAGCUAUCAGAUCUCUGCAAGAAGCGGAAAAAUUUUAUAACAAAGCAGAAGGUCUCUGCAAAGAAUAUCAGCAAACUAAAGGACCAGGAAGCACUGCAAAGCCUUCUGAGCAGCUGUUCUUCAGGAAGUUAGGGGCGUCCGUUAGAAAUACGUUGGAAAAAUGUCAGAGAGAAAAUGGCUUCAUUUACUUUCAGAAGGUUCCCCCAGAAGCUCCACAGUUAGAACUAAAAGCCAAUUACGGGCUAGUUGAACCAGUUCCUUUUGAACUUCCUGCUCUCAGCUCCCAGUGGACUCCAGAAGUGUACGUGACCUUUGAUCUUACAAAGGGUCCAAAGGAUGACAAGGCAAAAGCAAAACCAGAAGAAGAAGUCAAGCCAAUGAAGGAACCGGAUAUAAAGCCACAGAAAGACACAGGAUGCCUUAUUUCGUAAUCUUCAAGUACAUUUUCCAUGAUUGUUGGCAUACUACUAUAUUAAAGAAAUCAAUGCUAUUAAAUGUAUAAUAUGGAAAUUCUAAUGUAUAGCUAAACAUUUGAUCUUUUGCUGCAGUGCAGUUUUUCAGUUGUUGUUCUCGAUUGAUUUGGUAAUGAAGAUAAACGUUGGGAGACACAGUAGACCUUUACACGCUGAUUGUAUCGAGAGUGUUGAAGAGUUUUCAAGGACGUCAUAAUAUAUUAGUAAGAUCCAGAAAAGCUUACUUUGAAAUAUUGUAUAAUUGUAGAUGAUUUGUUCCCACAGAAAAGAAAACAUUAGGAAGGUCACAUGACCCCACCGUUUCAAAAAGAAGAAAUACGUUUAAAGCUUAGCCUUCCCGGUGCAGAAACGCUAUUCUCUAAAUAAACGUUGCAGUCAUUUGAAAAUAUGGAAAUGGUAAAUUUUUUAAAAAUGACUUUUAAAACCUCCCAUAUUUGGGUAUCAUCAUCUGCUCGGGUUUUGAAGGAGUACAGAUAUUCAUGUUCUGGUAACGACAGACACUUGAACCAUUCUCAUGAAGUAUCUUUUCUCUUUGAUAUGAAUGUGUUAACAAACGUAUUUUCUCUUGACGGCGUUCAGCUCCCGUUUUAAAUACUGAACGUAUCCUUUCCAUGUUUAUGGUCUUACAGCCCACUAACACUCCGACUGGCUGUGUCGCUCCCUCUUAUAUUUCUAUGCAUUUUUAUUUGUUUGUGUUGGAAUGUUAAGUUUUCCUCCAAUAAUCGGUUUCAUUCUGGAGCUCCUGCUCAUCGUUGCACCGCAGACACUGCCAUAGCGCUCUGCAGCCCAGGGGCAUGACGUGAUCUACUCUGAAGUAUACGGCAAAGGCCAGCGAGGUUUGAAUCGCUUCUAAAUGACUUUCACGGAGGGGCCUUUACUGUUCGCUUGUCACAACAGAUAAUCCAUCAAGCCCAAGAAGUUAUUACCUUAACUAUUUCUUUGAAAGAUCGUGAACGGUAGACUCGUUAAUGACAUUGUAUUGCAUAAAGUAUUCGAGAUUACGAUGCAGAGGUGUGCAUUAAAAAAGAAAAGGAGCUUACCUUAGAAAAACAAACAAACUAGAAACUGCACUCCUGUUUAAGUAACUCAAGUGACGGCAAAACUCCUCUGCCGUCAGAAUAUUUUCCUGCGUGGCGGCACAGAAGGACCUCGAUGUGGGCACAGGAGGUGGCGUUGCUAAUCUGUCUGCGUUUCACUCGGCUCCGCUGGCUUGUACUCAACUAAGCGGCCCCGAUGCUUUACCCGUGUGUGUCGAGUGAGUGUUCGGCGCUUCUGUCGUACAGUAGAAUCUGCACCGUUAACGUCGUUCCGCAAGUCACAUUGCUGGAUUUACUUCCAUGGAUGACUCCAAAAAAUGGACGAGGGAAGUCCACACCCGACUCUCCUUGGACGGCAAAAUUUUGUACUCCACUUCUGAAAUAGCGGGGCCAAACGUUCAAGUCCGUCAUCUUCUUUCGAGUGCAAAUUAAGGGUAGCGUGUAGACGGCAACCUUCAGUUUAUUUUUAUUUUUUUCUGUAUAUUAAGAAUCAUAUUGCAAAAUAUUCCUCUUGAGAUUUCCUUACUCUUUUAGUUUAUUAUAUGCAUUCUCACACAGUGCACUUUAUUAGAGGCUUUUAUAUUUUGUAUUUUCUGUUGGUCACCUCUUCGAUUCCAUUCAUUUGAACAUUUCUGUACUGUAAAUGGGGGACUAAAUAUAAAGAAAUACGUCCAC